AUGUCGCUCUCAGAAAGAAUGCAUAAUUCGACGCUCACUGGGAAUCUCCCCUCCUACAAUUUCACGGAAUGGGGAGCACCUUCCGUCAUGUCAAUGGUUGUCAUCAUCCUCUCCAUCCUACUGGGCGUCCCGGGCAACGGCGCAGUCAUCUGGGUGACCGGCUUCAAAAUGAAGAGUAAGGCCCACACUGUGUGCUUCCUGAACCUGGCUGCGGCUGACCUGAUGUAUUGCGUGCUUCUCCCCUUCCUCAUGAUUACUAUCCCCGAGCUCCAGUCUAGGUACAUCAACGUGCAAUUGUGUAUAUUAAUUAUUUACAUAAACGCUAUUGCCAGCGUAAAUCUGUUAUGUCUGAUCAGCCUCUAUCGGUGCCUGGCUAUUACACGGCCCAUCUGGUUCCAGCAACAUCUGCGCCUCGUUUGGGUACGUGUGACCUGCUUCGCGGCCUGGGCCAUAGCCAUCAUCAUGUGGCUGACUAUAAUCUUCAAUUUGCAUUCUUUCAGUACUAUACUUAUCGUGACGGCCCUCUGCUUCUGCACCCCCUUUGUGAUUAUGGUUAUUAGUUACGCCCUCGUUGCCUGGAGACUGCACGGGAAAAGGUUCGCUCAGUCCUGGAAGCCCAUACGCCUGAUCGUGAUCGCGGUUGCCGCCUUUGUGACCUGCUGGCUCCCCUGCGCUCUCUGCGUCCUCUUAUCUCAUUUCGACAUAAUUGUUCCUGGGGAAUGGUUCAGAUUCACUCAAGCCCUGGCCUCAUUCAACAGCGCCCUCAACCCUCUUAUCUACGUCUUCGUAGGCAGCGACUUCCGUCAGGUCUUCAAGCGCUCCCUGUUUGUCUCGCUCCAGCUGGCCUUCGCCGAGCGGGAGCUACAGGGUGAGACCCCGAACCACAAUCCCACCUCAGAUACGAAUGUCUGA